AUGUCUCAGCAUCUCUCUUCAGACUAUGCCCGCGCCUCUCCCAUCUCUCCGCUUCCUCUUUCCGCAGCGUUCCUUCUCUGCCAAACCUUCGAACGAGCCUAUCGGCUAGGAAUGGCGAGGGCUCUCUUCCCGUCGCCUCGAGGCAGGCUCGGCAUCCAAACCUCCCAUGCCGUCCCAAACACCAAAGCACCUUCAGCAGUCAUCACUCUCGUGUACAAUCCGCUUCGAUUAAGAGCAACCUCGUUACUGUCAUCCAACCAAUCUUCAACAACAGACCCGUCCGCGCGCCUUUCCGGCGCGCAACCGUCCCUCUCCCCGCUCCCCUCCGCGCCCCUCCCCUGCCCCUGCGCCAUCUGCUCCCGCCGCGCGCUCAUCUCCGCCUCUCUCCUCAUCUCCGCUUCCGCGCUCCCCGCAAACGGAGCCGACUCCAACGCUUCCGCGCAGACGGCGGAGGCGGCGCAAGCGGCGCUGGCGGCGGUGCGGGGCGGGAAAUGGCAGUGGCAGGAGGAACUGUUCGCGUGGAUGAUGGCUACUGGAAUGAAGGAGUAUGAGGAGAGUGUUGAGGGGUAUAAGCUUGCUCUAUUUGAGCCUCUUAGAUCGGAAGUCGGUAGAGUAACAACAGGAGGGGAGGGUGGUGAAGCAGUUGGAGGAGGAGGGACGGUAGAAUCUGGGAAUGAUGCGGUUUUCAGAUUGGUGGAGAUCGGUGUAGGAGCAGGCAGUGCGUUAGCGAGAUCAAACGGAUUCUCAAGCCUGAAGGAAGCUAUACUUUCUGGAGCAUUUGGCGGCACCGCAGGGCACCGCUCUGCACACCUGGCAGCGACUGCUCGACCCGCUGCAAUCUGCACUGGCAGACGGGUGUCAUCUCACGCGCAGCCCUCUGACUGCCAUCAAGCUGGCGGGGUUGGCGCGGUGCAAGCAAGGGAGGUGAUGGGUCCGGGGCUGUCGCUGCUGGCACCACAUGUUGUCGGCACUGCUGUAAAGACUUAG